GUCAGUCUGUAAUCACUGGCCACUCCUGCUAGCACAACUGGGAUUGAAUUAAAACAACUGUCUCUGGGGAAGGAGUCAGCUAGAGAGCCGAGCAGGACGUUGAUCAUCUGAAGAGGCACAGCUCACACUGUCCGAUUGAUGGAAUAGAAGCUACUGAAAACAUCACAUCUGCUCCGAUUCUGAGAAGCUUUCUUCAAGCAGCUCCUGUGUCCUGGAGUUUUAUACCACGGUAAAAACAAGCAAUGGGGAAGCUGACAGUGCAGCGCUAUGUGGUCGCUGCCCUGGCCAGCGUGGCUGUGGGCAGCGGAGUCAUCGCUCUCAUCCUGAGCCUCGUGAGAAUCACCAGCGUCACCCUGCCCCCGAGCUUCAAGUACGGCAUGGUGUUCGACGCGGGUUCCACUCACACGUCCCUCUUCGUGUACAAGUGGUUGGCGGACAAGGAGAAUGGCACGGGCCUGGUCACUCAGCUCCUGCUGUGCGAUGUGGACGGCCCUGGGAUUUCCAGCUACAGCUCGGACCCUCCUAGGGCGGGACAGUCCCUGCGCAGCUGCCUGGACACUGCGGCAGCAGCCAUCCCCUGGGAGCGGCAGAGAGAGAGCCCAGUGUACCUGGGGGCCACAGCGGGCAUGAGGCUGCUGGAGAUUCAGAGUCCUGUCGAGACGGAGCGGGUGCUGGCGGAGGUGAGGAACACGAUCCGCUCGUACCCCUUCGAUUUCCGGGGCGCUCGAAUCAUCUCGGGGGCGGAGGAGGGAGCAUACGGCUGGAUCACCAUCAACUACCUACUGAGCUCCUUCAUCAAGUUCUCUUAUGAAGGGAAGUGGAAGCACCCCAAGAACGGGAAGAUCCUGGGAGCGCUGGACCUCGGGGGCGCCUCCACGCAGAUCACCUUCACCCCCAAAGAGCAGAUCAAGGACAAUCAGAGCGAGGCCAGCUUCCGUCUCUAUGGAUACGAGCACACGGUGUACACACACAGCUUCCUGUGCUACGGGAAAGAGCAGUUUAUGAACAAGAUCCUGGCCAAGCUGGUGAAGGAAAACAACAUCAGCAGUCCUGUGCCCCACCCUUGCUUCCCUACUGGUUACCAGCUGAACACCACACUGGGAGAGAUCUUCAGCUCUCCCUGCCCCAGCAAGCCGGACCCCUACUCCCCCACCUCCGCCGUCACCUUCAUGGGCAGCGGGACCCCCGCGCAGUGCGAGGCGCUCGUCAAGACCCUGCUGAACCUCAGCGCCUGCGCCGGGAAGCCAGAGUGCUCCUUCAACGGGGUCUACCAGCCUCCUGUGCAGGGCAGCUACUUCGCCUUCUCUGGGUUUUUCUACACGUUUGACUUUCUGAAGCUGGCACCUCAGUCCUCUCUGGACGUCACUAGAAAGACCGUCGCAGAGUUCUGCAGGAGAGACUGGAACUCCCUGAAGGCAGAGUUUCCCUCAGAGAAGGACAGCCGUCUGAGAGAAUACUGCGGCGCUGGCUAUUACAUCACCACCCUGCUGGUCGACGCCUACAAGUUUGACAACCAAUCGUGGAACAACAUCGUCUUUCAGAAGAAGGCUGAUGACACGGAUAUCGGCUGGACUCUGGGCUACAUGCUGAACCUGACCAACCUCAUCCCCUCCGAGGCCCCCCCCGAGGUGAAAGGUCAAGACUACGAUGUGUGGGUUGGCUUGGUGUUCGUCAUCGUGCUGGCCAUCGCAGUGAGCCUGCUGGCCAUCGCAGUGCAGUGCCUGGGGAACCCCAAAUGAACAGCCUGGGCUGAGCCCACACCGGCCAGCCACUGGGGGAGCGAGGCAGCAUUUUUAAGUGGGGUCUGGAUCAUUCGAAAGGCAAUGAUUUCCAGGCUGACUGUAUUACAGUCUCCUAUUGAACUGAUUGGAGCUGUUUUACAGGGUAGUUCUGAGGGGGUGGGAAGUUUCUAUUACAUACUGAUAUUUUUAUACUGGUUCUGGGUCUCUCAUCUCUGUUCACUGUAUUUUCUCUAUGAAUAGAUGUGCUGUCUUCAGGGUAAUCUAUUUAAGCUUUAAACAUGAAUAAUAAUAUUGAGGUACAGUGUUGUGGUUUUAGGGUGCACUGUUCAGCGAUGGGAACACUGUUGCAGUUACAGUUUUUCGGUGUGUGUGUCUCUAUCAUGAAAUCAUGAUCUUGCAGAAAAGUGCCUUUAGUUUGCAAAGUGUCCUCUUUGCCAAUCAGUCUGACAGAAUGAUUAUUUAACAAUGCUCUGGCGCCACCUGCUGGACUUGGAGUGAAGUCCUGUAUAAAACUGAUAGACUUGACCCUGCUUUUCAGCUUGCCAGAGUGUCCAUGUUUUCAGGAUGCAUUCACCAGGCUUGUCCGAUGAUGAAGCCUGGUUGUUGCCAGGCUUUGCCAGACUUAUCCGUAUGUUGCUGUGCUUGCCAGUGUUAAUACAUGCUGAACACACUCGUGUCAUUUUUAAACUAUGUAUUGAUUUAAUAAAACGGAUUAACAUUC